UACCGACAGCCAAAAAAAUGACUUGCUUUGAAACAUAUUAUCAUAUCGUAACACACGAGUCGAGCUAUUCGAAUCUGAUCAAUCUUACCGCUAGCUUUUUCGAAAUCAUCCCCCCCGACACUCUGACACAAAAGCUUUGGCUGCGCCGGCGCUCCAACAGGAAAGGGACAGCUUUAGAAGAACACAUUGCUACAAUAGUAAUAAUAAUGAUAAUGAUAAUGAUAAUAAUAAUAAAUAGAGCGCCAUAUUGACUAGAACGACGACGUCGACGUCUACGUCGGCGAGCGACAACAGUCAGCAACAUCACGAGGAUUUCCGAGCGCUUACGACUGGGGGAGCUUAAGCGCAAGACGGAUUGUCUAUUUGUCUGACGAAAGUACGAAGGGCUCAGCCGUCGAGCCGUCAACAUAAACGUUUCCGGAGUGCUUUAAAAAUUAAAAGGCAACGUUGAUAUUUUAAGUUUACCUGGUGGAUUUUUAAUGAUACAAAAAAAGACAAGUUUGUUUUUCAAUAAAAAUUAUUUUAACAAGCUCUUCUAAUUCCCUAAUAUGUUUUAGUGCUGGAAUAAGGGCUCAUUUUGGCCAGUACAGUGUUCGCGACAAUCAUAGAAUGUGAUCCACCAGCCAGCAAAAUUAAUCCUCAAGGAGGAAUACCACCUUGAAUCAGAAACUCAAUCAGUUGACAAGAUUUUAUUAAGAUUAUUUUUGUUGAUUUGAGAGAGGAGCCCGUGCUUCAGAAAACAAAGGGAAGAAAAAAAAAAAACAGUGCGCUGAGGUCGUACGACGCUCCUCGUGAGGUCGUCCGCCCGCCAAUCAAUACGCCAGUGUGUCGACUCGGUCGGCUUUAAAGCUAGUUCGUCAUCAUCACGCAAGCUCCCUAAAACAUCACUCCAUUUUUUGUCGAUGCUGUUGGUAUACAAUAUAUAGUUCACGCAUAGCAGUUGACGCCAACGCUUUAAAUUCGUUAUUGCUGUUGGUUCCAUAUAUAGAGAUAAAGAUUUAUUUUAUUAGUUUUCCUGGUGGAAUUUCAACAUGAGAUUCACCAGAAGAUUUGAUCGUGAUCUUUUGGCUAAGAUAACGUUUACGUGGCAACAGUAGUUGCUGGUGAUUACGCGGGAAAUGCUCGAGAGUCAUGAUGAUUCUGUAGCAGAGGGUGUCUUGUUGAAAGCCUGGAUGCUGGCUACUGAGUCUCCUUGCGGAGUAAAUUAACCUCCAAGUUGUGAUCGAAUUUGAAUAAUAGGUGCAGGAAGCAUGCGGGGCAAGGGCCAGAUCUGGAGGUGUCCAAAUGGAUUAGGUUAAAAGUUUGGGACUAACAAAGUCCCACAUCCCCUCCUGCGCCUGCACCUAAAAUUACUUAACAAAGGAUCAAGAGUUGUGUGCUUCUCAAUCUAAGGAUCUAAAGAUCUAAGGAUCUAAGGAUCUAAGGAUCUAAGGAUCUAAGGAUCUAAGGAAUACAUUAAGUGGUGGUGGCAAGCGCUGCUUGCUUCCUGGAUGGGCAAUGUUAGAGAUGUCGAGCGGACUUGGUACAGCAACAAUGAGUAUCGGCGUGAGCCACAGUAAUCCAACAAGUGACAACAUCACCAGCGGAUGUCGUCUCCGUGCCCAAUCUCAAGGGCAACAACAGACACCCCAACAAUCCCACCAGCAGCAGUCUCAGUCCCAACAGCAGACUUUAGCCCAGUCUGAUCAGACUCUCCAGGAGUGUCAACAACCAUCUUCAGGACAGAAAGAUCCUCGACCAAAUCCACCCCAUGGACGGAGCAAGAAAGAUAAUUGCUGCUUGUGUUGGUGGUGUUGUUGCAGUUGUUCUUUGGCAGUAGUUGGAACAGGAAAUGGAACUUCGGGAACCGGAGAUUCAAAAAAGAAACGCGGAAAUGGCGGAACUGGGCCAGAUUCUGGGUCAGGUGGUGGUCACACAGAUCCUAAUUCAGGAACUGGAAAUGUCCUGGAUAGUCUGGACGGGAUAGAUGGCACUGGUACGGAAUGCUGUGGCCUAGAUGAAGUACGAUCUUGGGGAUCAUCAUUUGAUAAACUGAUGCGCAGUGCUACUGGCAGAAAACUGUUCCGCGAGUUCCUCAUGAGCGAGUACAGCGAAGAAAAUAUCGCAUUUUGGUUGGCCUGUGAGCAACUCAAGCGUGAAAAUAAUCCAGAAAAAAUAGAGGAAAAGGCGCGGUAUAUUUACGAGGACUACAUAUCGAUUUUGUCGCCUAAAGAGGUUAGUUUAGAUUCACGUGUACGUGAAAUUGUCAAUAGAAAUAUGAUUGAGCCGACACCCCACACAUUCGAUGAAGCCCAACUCCAGAUCUACACUCUGAUGCAUCGCGACUCUUAUCCAAGAUUCGUAAACAGUGAUAUUUUUCGCAGAGCCGCUAGAAUCGGUAGCGGACCGCCAAGUCCUGCGGAGGACACCACUGAGAUAAUAGGUGGCGCUGUUCCUCCUGGCAUACCGACCAGUAAGUCUAAAUCCAAGAAAUCCAUUUCGUAGUCUUACGUACUUGAAAUUAUCCACCGGCUAUUAUUAUUAUUAUUUUACAAAUAAUUUGUGAUUUUUAAAUUAGAACAAAAAAAAAAAAAAAAUAAUAAU